AUGAAUAGCAGUAAAAGUAACAGGAAGACUAUGGCAGCUAACAAUUUAUAUGUUCUGGAUGCAGAUUUUUAUCCAGAUAUUUGGAAGGAUGAUAAAGUAAUGUCAGCAAUGAUGUAUCCAUUUCGACCACGAAACGUCAAUCCAGAGCAUUACGAGCAGAAAAUGCAGUUUUGGAAGGAUUUAAUUGAAUGUUAUUGUGAAUAUAAAGGCGCAUCAACGAUCACAAUUAAUGAAUUAAAAGAUGUUUUCAAGAGAAAAGGAACUUCUCCUUACUGUCUUCAAGAGAUUCUCAACCAGAUGAUGUAUGAAGGAAAUUUACAGGAUAAAAGCGUUUUUAUGGCAGUGCCUAAAGCUACUUGGGGAUCGUGGAUGGUUGAUAGCUUAAUUUAUAAGCCUGCUUCUUGGGGAUUCAAUAAAAUUAAAGAGAAGGUGGUUGGAUCUACUGCAAAUCCUGAUACAGUUUUUAUAGUCAAAAGUUCCGUCCAAAAGCAAGCAAGAUUGCUUCAAGAGCAUGUUAGAAACAAACACACAUUUAAUAAUAUUAUUGCUAUGGAUGACUUAAUGUUAAGUGCCGAAAAUAUAGAUGGAUUAUCUAAAGAAGGAAUAUUAAUGGCUUUACAGCAUUUAAGUGUUUAUACAAAGUCCGCAUAUAUCGAAGAGAAUAAGCAUUUUAUUGGAACUGAUCAAGGAGCCGAUAGUAAUCAUCACAAACUUUUAAUAAAAUUCUCUGAACCUCAUCAAGUUGCGUUACCAAUAACUGAAAUGGAACGCUCAAUUUAUAAUUUAGAAAAUACAGAAAAAUAUCUACUGGAUACAAUUAAUAAGAAGGAACAGCAAUUAAACGAAUUAUUGACGCAAGUAAAGACAUGCUUAGCUGAAGGAAAAAAACAAAUGGCAAAGACAUUUUUAAGAAAGAAACAUGUCUGUGAAUCGGAACUGACUAAAACGAUGAAUAUACUUGAAAACAUUCAGACAAUGCUGCACAAAAUACAGAACUCAAAAAGUGACAAGGAAAUUAUUCAAAUGUAUAAAAUGGGAUCUGAUUCAAUUAAACACAUUUUUGCAAAUAACGGAAUUAAUCUUGACAGUGUCUAUGACAUUAUUGAGGAUAUGAAGGAAGUUAUUGAGGAUCAAGAAGAAUGUCAAUCAGCUUUAAGUGCACCAAUGCGAGGUUUAAAUGAAAUUGACGAGUCAGACAUCGAAAGUGAAUUGAUGGAUUUAAUUAAGGAAAAUAAAAAGGACGAAGAACCAAAGGCCAGUGAAGUCAAGAAUAAGCCAGAUGUUGAUAUUUCAGAUUUAGAAAUGAGAUUAAGAAAAUUGAGAGGAGAUUUCUCGGAUUUAAAUGACACUGAAAUUAUGCCGAUUAGAAAUCAAAAGUCUAUGCCACAAAUUUAA